CUUAUGCUCCUGUACUUCAGUUAGUCUAUAAGGUGCCACAGGACUCCUCGCCGCUUUUGGGGAGAGAGUAGAAGACUCAAGCAAAGUAAAUUGGUGGUGGGGAUCCAUUAAUUUAAGCACCUGAAGAAGACAGUGAUGGUCUGCUUUAUGGAACUGUGAAUCAAGGGGCUUUCAGAGCAACCAAAGUCUUGCUGUGGGGGAUCAGACCAGAAAACGGAGAAGAACAUAUGAGAAAGGGGCUGUCUGUUAACCACUUUUCCUGUUUGCCAAGCAGGCACUGUGUGGGACUAGGAGAGGAACUUAAUUCCUUCCUAAUAAAUUUGCCAUGCAGGCUUGGGUUAAAUUCUCUGAUUCGACCUUUGCCACUAACAGCAAACAGUAACUAGCUCUGCUGAGAGCUGUUAAAGAUCCAGAAGGGACAAGUGUGAGGAAUGGAGGGCAGAGACAGGCCCAAGCCCCACAACUGUCCAACAGCAAGGCUCCACCAGUCAGAAGCAGCAGGAGAGGGAAGAACCAAUUCAAGGGGAAGAGGAAGGCAUGUGUGUCCAUAUGUGCUUGCAAUCUCAGUCUAUGUGGCUGCCACUGGCAAUUUCAAAUGUGGAAAAAGUUGAUGCAAGCAGUUGAGGCCAGGACUGAGGAGCAGAGGCAGAUGGUAGGUGGGAGUGCAGAUCAGACUAGGGGAGUGUACCACACAACCCGUUUCCCCACCACAAGUCCCCCCCAUUGUUGUUACUCAAUCCAGCAGUAAGCCCCCUGCAGAGAGUCCUGCAGGAUUUCUGCACACUCCUUCAGCAGCCAAGGUCCUCCUCUACCUCCCCUCCAAGGCAGCAGCAGAGACAGCAACAGCAGGCAGCCAGGAAGGAACUUGCAGGUGGUUUCAACUGUAGAUAUGGGGGGAUCCCUCACUCCCUCUCUGAAGAGCAAGGCAGUAGGGCCCCCAAGGGGCAGCAAGCAAAGGAAUGGGAGGGAGUCCUAGAAAGAAGCUGUAGCAAGCCUAGCAGCAGCUCCACAGCACUGCAAGAGGCUAUUGGAAGGGUGUGUGUGUGCGUGCGCGCGUCUAGGCUAUAGAAUGCUGAAGGGCUCUUCCCUAUCAGCAGAGAAGGAGUUACCACAGCCAGUUGGGAUCAGAUGUAUCCAAUAAAGGGCUGCCUGCCUCUGUUUUUCAACUCCUCCCCUGUUGAGAGAAGGGAGAAGAGAGACAGAGACAAGCUGUUACUGCGACAGUAGCAGCAGAGGAGCAAGUGCCUCCUGAUGAGAGGCUGCCCUUCUCCAUAGGGUAAACAGACAGCCCAGAGUGCCUGUUCGGGGCAAGGCUGCCUAGCCAGUGCAGCAGACAGGAGUUGGUUUUCCCCAGGCCCAUCUUGCCAAAAGGAGAAGUGCUGAUGCUGCUGAGACAAAGAAGAUGUUUCACCACAACACGUUUUCUUUUCUUUGCCUCCUACUUUCUGAGACUUCAUGGUGCACUUGUUUUACAAUUUCAGUCCUUUCACAGCAACUUCAAAACCCCCCAAAGAUGAGAUUCCAGGAACUGCAGCUUUAAGAAAAACACCAAAUGCCACAAGGCUUGGAUAAAAAUCACCAGAGCAGGCUACUUUGAAACAGCCAAUUCUCCUCUUGAUCCAGAACACAUUUUGAGUGAAUUCAAUUUUUCUUUGCAGAGUAUCCUUUGGCAGAGUCCUAUUUCAUGGUGGGGAGAGUCCUGGCCGAAAAGCCAGGAGAUUGGGAUCUAUUCCUAGCUUUGACACUGGGCUGCUGCAUUACAUCAACCUUCCCGGGCUUCAGUUUUCUCCUUUGUAAAAGGGGGAUGAUCCUUUGUAAAGUACUUUGAGAUCUGCUGAUUAAAAGAGGCCAUGUUAGCCAGAGGUGGCUUGCGUUUGCCAGCUUUAGCCAAUCCCAGCAUUUUCUGGAUUCUCUCCCCCACAAAGGACAGCCAGGUCCCUGGCUACUGCAGGGCUUACACAGCUGCUAGUGAACUGCACCCUCCUUCCCUCCAAGGGAAGGUGGGCCUGCCCUUCAACGAGCUCCCAGGCAACUGGAGAACGGGUUGGCUCAACCUCUAUCACUUCUGGCAGGAGGGUGGCUUCCACAACGUCCACAACAUCAUGAUCCACAAGUUCCAGAAGUUUGGACCCAUUUACAGGGAGAAACUCGGCUUCUACGAGAGUGUGAAUAUAAUUAACCCUGAAGAUGCUGCUACUCUCUUUAAAUCGGAGGGCAACUACCCAGAGAGGUUCAUGGUGCCACCUUGGGUGGCCUACCGUGACUUCCGCAACAAGCCAUAUGGAGUGCUUCUCAAGAAGGGAGAAGCCUGGCGCUCUGACCGCCUGAUAUUGAACAAAGAGGCCCUGUCCCUGCAGCUGCUCAAGUGCUUUGUGCCUCUGUUGAACGAGGUGGGUGAGGACUUUGUCAAGAGGGUCCGAGUCCAGAUCGAGAAGAGUGGCCAGGGAAGGUGGACGGCCGACCUCACCAAUGAGCUAUUCCGCUUUGCCCUGGAGUCAGCCGUGUGCAAUGUCCUGUAUGGAGUGCGCCUUGGGCUCCUUCAGGAUUUCAUUGAUCCCGAAGCACAGAAGUUCAUUGAUGCCGUGACUCUGAUGUUCCACACCACCUCACCCAUGCUCUACAUCCCACCAGCCCUGCUCCGCAGGAUCAACUCUAAGAUCUGGCAGGACCAUGUACAAUCCUGGGAUGUGAUUUUCAGGCAUGCUGACAAGUGCAUCCAGAACAUCUACCGAGAGCUCAGACUGGACCAGAAAAGCACAAAGGAAUAUGCUGGCAUCCUGUCAAGUCUCUUGAUGCAGGACAAGCUGCCCAUCGACUGCAUCAAGGCCAAUGUGACGGAGAUGAUGGCAGGAGGAGUGGACACAACCUCCAUGACUCUCCAGUGGGCCAUGUUUGAACUGGCUCGUGCGCCAGCGGUGCAGGAGCAGCUGCGGGCAGAGAUCUUUGCUGCCAGACAGGCAGCACAGGGCGAUGAGCUGAAGAUGUUGAAAGCCCUUCGGCUGCUCAAAGCUGCCAUCAAGGAAACACUCAGGCUCCAUCCGGUGGCAGUGACCCUACAGAGAUACACAACACAGGAGAUUAUCCUCCAGAACUAUUUCAUCCCUGCCAAGUCCCUAGUGCAGGUUGGAAUUUAUGCCAUGGGCCGGGAUCCCAAGUUCUUCACCAAGCCAGAGCUGUUUAAUCCUGCGAGAUGGCUGAAGAUGGACUCCACAUACUUCAGGGGGCUGAGCUUUGGCUUCGGGCCACGCCAAUGCCUCGGCCGCAGGAUUGCAGAGCUGGAGAUGCAGCUUUUCCUAGUCCAUAUGCUGGAGAACUUCAAGAUAGAAACCAAAAGAGGAGUGGAUAUUGGUACCAAGUUUGACCUCAUCCUGAUCCCAGACAAACCAAUACACAUCACAUUACGGGCCCUAGAUACCCAGCCAUGAAAGGAACAGAAGCUACGUCUCUCCAGUGGUUCUGUGACAAGCUAGCCCAAAGGGUGAUGGAGCCAUCCACCCAUCUUGAGCCAGCUGGAGAGCUGUCUCUGGUGCUUGGGGCAAUCUGUACCAUAUGAUUUAUGUCCUUGUGCAACUUUGUCUCUACAUAUAAAAAUCAGGCUCAAGGAGAAACGAAUGGGUUUUGGUGGUGGGGCUAUUGGGAUCCCCAAGCUGCAACCUGGAACUCGCACAGUGCUGAGCCUUCUGACCUAUCAGACUGGGCUGCUCUCACACUGUAAUACCCUGCCAAGCUGCAAAUCUCUGCAGGUCCUGCACUUACCCAGACAUCCACAAGCAAACACCACCCAGCUGAGUUACAUGACUGUUUUUCUUGACUAGUCAUGAGCUAACAGAGGCUCCAGCUACUUCUCCCCAAUUUUGAACCUCAGAGCUGUAUCAUCUUGCUCUGGUCACAAACCGGACUAAUGUGAAGUUAUUACCUGAACUGACCCCGCCCCCUCCCCAAAUGUGGUGAGGACCUGCUCAAUGGCUAUUAGCUAGGAUGGGUAGGAAUGGUAUCCUUAGCAUCUGUUUCUCUGGAAGUGGGUGACGGGGAGGA